UGCGUCCUGCAUCCAUCCGUCAGUCGGUUAGGGGUGAGAUGGGGGAUAUGAAAACAGGCGGGCGGAAAAGAAAAAUGAGAGCAAGAGGGAAAGAAAAACAGAAGCAGAUUCAAUAAGAGACUUCACUGUGGAGAGGAGGAGUUUGUUUGUGUGUGCUCUAUCCUCUCUCUCUCUCUCUCUCUCUCUCUGCGCGAGCGUGUGUAAGCGUGUGCGUCUCUUCUGGCUCCACUGUUGUUCACUGGCUCCAUGGAUGAGCUGGGAAGCGGAGGGAGAGCGGAAUCAGCGGAUGCGUCUGGCCAGAGGAGAACGGGAGGACUUUGGAUCGGCAUGCGCGACAAACUGGCGGCGCUGAUCAUCAGCGGCUCUAUCCUUCCUCCUCUCUCUCCCCUUCUCUCCCUUUCUCUCUCACGUGCACACACACUCUCAGACUCACACACACUCGCACACAGACUGGAUGCCAUCUCACUAGGCUGAACAAGAGGUGUCUGUGUAUUGGGGUGUCCUUGUCUGUGGGACCGGAGGGGUCAUGAUGGACCUAAAGGAGAGUUGUGGCAGUGAGGGGAGCCAUGAGAGCUCCAGUCUGCACCCGUCCUCCUGGCAAGCCUUCUCCCACACCAGCACGCUCCACGGCCUGCGCUUCAUCUUCCCCUACGGCCGGCCAACACCUCGCCGCCUGCUCUGGGCCGCCGCUCUGCUGGCCUGCCUGGGCCUCCUGGCCCUGGAGAGUGCCGAGCGCCUGGCCUACUUCCUCUCCUACCCCCAUGUGACAAGCGUGGAUGCCGUGAUGUCGGGCAGCUUGGUGUUCCCUGCCGUCACCGUGUGCAACCUCAACGCCUACCGCUUCAGCCGCCUGUCCCGCAAUGACCUGUACCAUGCUGGGGAGCUGCUGGCCCUGCUGGACGUCCACCUGAGGAUCCCUGAGCCCCAGCUGGCCGAGCCCCACGUCCUGGCCUUCCUCACAGACAAGGCCAACUUCACCGCCUACAGGCCCAAGCCCUUCAGCAUGCGUGAGUUCACCGAAAGGGUGGGCCACGACCUUAAGGAGAUGAUGCUCUACUGCCGAUACCAAGGCCAGGAGUGCAGCCACAAAGACUUCAAAAUCGUGUUCACCAGGUAUGGGAAGUGUUACAUGUUCAACGCAGCGGAGGAGGGGAAGACGCUGCGGACCACCAUGAAGGGAGGGACGGGGAACGGCCUGGAGAUUAUGCUGGACAUCCAGCAGGACGAGUACCUACCCGUGUGGGGCGACACAGAGGAGACAGCGUUCGAGGCGGGAGUGCGGGUGCAGAUCCACAGCCAGGCAGAGCCCCCGUUCGUCCACGAGCUGGGCUUUGGCGUUGCCCCAGGCUUUCAGACCUUUGUUGCCACUCAGGAGCAGAGGCUGACCUACCUGCCUCCUCCGUGGGGAGAGUGUGAGUCCAAGGCCCUAGACUCUGGCUUCUUCCAGGUCUAUAGUGUGACAGCUUGCAGGAUCGACUGUGAGACACGCUACAUCGUGGAAAACUGUAACUGCAGGAUGGUGCACAUGCCUGGUGAUUCACCAUUCUGUACCCCUGAACAGUACAAAGACUGUGCAGAGCCUGCCCUUGCCAAGUUGUCAAUGCUGGAGAGUAGCAACUGCAUCUGUAGGACACCAUGCAACAUGACACGCUACAACAAGGAGCUGUCCAUGGUCAAGAUCCCCAGUAAGACCUCAGCACGCUACCUGGAAAAGAAGUUCAACCGCUCUGAGAAAUACAUCACGGAUAACAUCCUAGUCCUGGAUGUGUUCUUUGAGGCCUUGAACUAUGAGACCAUUGAGCAGAAGAAAGCCUACGAAGUGGCAGGCUUAUUGGGUGAUAUAGGUGGUCAGAUGGGUCUGUUCAUCGGGGCCAGUAUCCUUACCAUCCUGGAGCUAUUUGACUACGCCUAUGAGGUGGUGAAGGACAAGUUGCUGGACCUACUGAGCCGAGACGACGAGGAGGAGAGCCACGGAGAGGACGUGAGUUCCUGUGACCCGAUGGCUAACCACUCGGAGGCCAUCAGCCACACGGUGAGUCCCCUACAGACCACCCUGGGCACGCUGGAGGAGAUCGCCUGCUGAGCCCCCAGCCCAGCUCCACACACACACCAGGCAAGGCCACUGUGAGCCACUACCACACGGGGAGCCAGUGAGCAGCAGCCUCUUCCACAGGCUACCAGGACAGAAUGAUAGUGACUUUGGUGGGGAGGAUGGGUGGCUGGUCAGAGGAAAGGGUGGCUGGGUUGGGCUAGACUGGGCUGGACUGGGCCUCCCCUCCACACUGUCACUGCAGCACUAAUGGGGAUUAAGGAGCUGUCACCUGGACUUACUGGUGCUCUCUGUUACUGGAACUGUUACUGUACUGCUGGAGGAGGACAGCCACCUCCCCUCCUCCUCACGUGCUCAUCUACCUGACUCAUAGGUCUUCUCCAGUUCACAGACAGACAGACAGACUGCACUGUAAACCGGGAAGGGACUCAUCUCUGUCCUAGACAUGUGUAUUCACUAGUCACCCAUCGGUCAGUACUGCCAGACAUUGUACCAUAACAGUUGCUGUGAACUGUCCAAGUUGCAUGCGCUGCUUCCUCUCGGAGACGGUUUCUCUCUUUGGUGAUGCUGAUUGGCUGACGCUGGACUGCAGUGUUGCUUUACUGUACAUUUGCCCUGUCUCUCUUUCUCUCUCUCUCUCUCUCUCUCUGUCAUUCUCUCUCUGUCUCUCUCUGUCUCUCUCCGGGGCCUAUGUGAUGAGGCCAGCUAUAGAAAUAGAAUGUAUAGAUUGAACAUGGUUCACUAUAACAUAUUUCAUAUGACACAUCCAUCUAAGGCAGUUUCAUUUUGUUGAUGCAUUGUUUUCUUAGGCGGCAAGUUGUAUAUCUACGGGAAGGGCUGUUGGGACUGUAUUUGCAUUCAUAUUGGGAAAACAUGAGCAUUCUAAAGAAUCAAUUCCAAAAUGACUGUUUUGCAUUUGGUUAUUUAUUUUGUUGUCCGUUCUAUCGAUUCCACUCCUAUCAAUUUACCACAAGGUGAGUUUCCCCCGAGGGAAGGCAAGGUACUGAGCUGCUUCUUAACAACAUAUUAAACAGGUGCCAUAUUCCUAUGUGUAAACUCAUGUAAAUGAUUAAACGCUUGCCUCUUGGCGGCAGCGCCUCAGUGGGGUAAAAGCACUCAUUGAUGACUGAGGCUGAGCCAAAACCAGAGAGGUGGAGUAUGACAUUGUUUACCUGGCAGAAUACAAGAGUACAAAUGUCGCUCAUAAAUGAACAUGCUGGGGGGGUUUAUUUUCAUUUCAGCUGCAUGAUGUGGGUGUGUUGUCUGGUGAGAACUGACGGACUCCCAACUCAUCAUAUUUUACAUAAUGGACUUGGCCCUUACAUAGAGAUAGCCCAGCUAGAAAUUGAAUUGAAUUGAAAAUUAAAUUUCCAUGAUAAUCACGGUUCUAUUAAUGGAAAUAAUGUUUGGACGAUAAUAAUUGCACUGAUGUAGAUUCAGACGAGGGGAAAUUAUCUUCUGAUUCAUUUGAGGAUACAGGGUGUGUUGUAUUGUGGUGUUAAUAUUGGUGUUGUAGUACGAAAAACCAAAACGGUACGAGACAGUGUUCUGUCCUGUCUACAGUGGAUAUGUUAUUAAAGAAGGACUUACAUGAACCGACUUAUGACUGGUUGACAUUUUGAUUUGACGCAAAUACAAAUUUGCUAACAGAGCAGGAUGAUAAUUCAAAUAGUCAAGCCCAACAUGUAAAGCCUUUCGUUUGCAGAAACGGUAGCCUGCAGACUUUUCCGGGACUAUUGUCCAUCUCUGACUGAAAGACACAAUCUUUGUCAAAUUGGAGGCGAUUUUAAGCCGAUAGCCCCAACCAAACACAUUUAAUAACCAGUUAAAAUCAAACUCACCAAACCAUGGGUGGUGUGAAAACCACAGGAGGUGUUUUUCUGUUCUCAAAAAAAGUGACAAAGGACUAUCCAAAACCAUGACAUGAAACGCUGACUGGUCUGAGUCCAACUCAAAAAGGAUUUGGUUUGCACUUUAUGUUUCGUUAACACCCCUCCCAUCUAGUGCCAUCACACUAAAAAGGGCCAUAUUGCAUCACUAUGAUAUGACGAGGACAUCCAUCCAGUGUAGCAUAUCAAUUAGCCAUGAUUAUUCAGACAGGCGGCAGGUAGCCUAGCAGUUAGCGUGUUGGGCCAUUAACCGAAAGGUCGCUGGUUUGAAUACCCAAGCCGACAAGGUGAAGAAUCUGUCAAUGUGCCCUUGAGUCAGGCAGCUAAACCUCAUUUGCUCCAGGGGCGUCGUACUGCUAUGACUGACCCUGUAAAACAACACAUUUGACUGCAUCUAUCCGGUGUAUGUGACAAAACUUCUACUAUGUCAUCGUUACAAUGUACAGUACAGGUGGGAAUGAACUCCAAGUGCUUUGUGAACUAUGAUUUCCUGUCUGUUGUUGACCUGCUGUGUGUAAUCUAAUCUCUCAUGUAUGGCUUAUCAUGUCUCCUUUAGCAGUGACCUCAGCCAUCUCCAGGGGUGGACUUGCCAUCUGGCAUUUGCCCGAAAUGCCAGAUGGGCUAGUUCAUUUUUAGCCUAGUGGGCCUGUCUAACAGAAAAUUGUUACUUUGCUAAAUUAUCAUUAUCUGACCUUGAGGAAAAAUAUGGACCGGUGUGAGGACCUCAAGGGAAAAAAUGGGCCGGUAUAUUGCAAAUGCAAGAGCCAAUUUCUGGUCCCAGUCCUCCCCUGCUUCUCACCUACUGUAUAGAUCUGUCCAUGGAGAGAGGUGAACUACUAUGGGACACAUACUGAGUCUCAGUGAAAAUGCCACUGGUUGUUUCUUCUCUUUUGGUUUCUAUUGUUAUUGCAGGACUGCUUUUUCAUUUUGUGAUGCAGCGUACAGUAUGUGUUUUUAAUGUGAAACGAUUAAAAAAAAGUUUUUGCUGCGGG